AUGAUUUCGAAUGGAUCUUUUGCUUUUAAAGAUAUUCUUGCUUUUCAACCACCAAAUACUUCAUUUGACACUACAUCACAAAAGGGAGUAUUUCCUCACAAAGUAUCCCAGAACUUGACCACUUAUCUUGGAGAGCACCCAGAGUUGAAGCCAUAUUCUGAUAAUGUCAUACAAGUUCUCAAACAUUCACCUAUUCCAUCUAAAAAGUGGUUUUACAACGACUUGAAGAGCGAAGCGAUCUCACCAAAAGAGUAUAAUAAAAUUGUUUCCAAGUACACAAAUCUGUUUGACUUGUUGAAAGAUUACAACAAUUUAGACGUAAAGCCAGGUGUGAAAGCAACCAAGAAGCUUUCUACUUUCUUUCAGUCUUUGGAUCUUGAUAUUCACAAGGAUGGUAUUUCUGUUCCUGGUCUCACUCUUAAAUAUCUCUGGCAUACAAAACAAAAAGAUUGUGAGUUUCAGCUGUUCAAAAGGAAUGAGGAUUUGUAUCAAAAGUACAGAGACAACCUUGUAGGUGGACCAAGUAUCGUAUUUCAUCACUAUCACGAAAGGAACAAGACAAGAAUAAGAAACGGAAAGCCUUGCCAACGAAUACUUGGAUAUGAUGCCAAUGCGUUGUAUCUCUCGGCUAUUAGUCAAGAUAUGCCAUGUGGUGAUCACCAGGUAAUUCCAGUUUAUCCCGAUAUUCUUCAAGAUGUUGUAAACGGAAGUUUCUUUGGACAGAUAGAGUGUGAUAUUGCCGUGCCUGAACAUUUAAAGGAAUACUUUGCUGAAAUGCCUCCUAUUUUCAAGAAUGUUGAAAUUACAUGCAACGACUUAAGCCCUGAAACAAAAGCACAAGUUAAACCAAAUUACAAGAGUAAGAAACUAAUUGGAAGUAUGUUUGUAAUAGGGUUGCAUAGUAAAACAAGAUUUUAUUUUACUUGA